AGAGUGCUGAUAACUAGUUUGGAUCUAUCUACGCCACACAGAUCAUUCCCCCCUUCUUUUUUUCUUUUUAAAGGAUAAUAACAAAAAACAGAGAUGGAGUCAACUGCAGGUCCUUAUGAUUACUACGACUACGACGAGGCCGAGAACUCCUCCAUGUGUGACUAUUCGGAGUGGACGCCGUCAUUCUCCGUCAUCCCCGUGCUCUACAUGCUCAUUUUCAUCCUCGGCCUCUCUGGAAACGGAGUGGUGAUCUUCACCGUCUGGAGGGCGCAGGGCAAGCGGCGCGCCGCCGACGUCUACAUCGGCAACCUGGCCCUGGCUGACCUCACCUUCGUGGUCACUCUGCCCCUGUGGGCCGUUUACACCGCCAUGGGCUACCACUGGCCCUUCGGCGUGGCCCUGUGCAAGAUCAGCAGCUACGUGGUCCUGCUCAACAUGUACGCCAGCGUCUUCUGCCUCACCUGCAUGAGCUUCGACCGCUACCUGGCCAUCGUCCACUCCUUGUCCAGCACCCAGCUGCGCACCCGCGGUCACAUGCAAGCCUGCCUGGCAGCCAUCUGGCUGCUGUCCGGUGUGCUGGCUGCUCCGACUCUGCUCUUUCGCACCACCAAAUACGACGCGACCAACAACCGCACAACCUGCGGCAUGGACUUCAGCCUGGUGACCACGAAAGACCAUGAGAACCUGUGGAUCACUGGCCUCAGCAUCUCCUCCUCGGCUCUGGGCUUCCUCCUACCUUUCCUGGCGAUGAUGGUGUGCUACGCCUUCAUCGGCUGCACCGUCACCCGCCACUUCAACACCCUGCGCAAGGAGGACCAACGGAAGAGGAGGCUGCUGAAGAUCAUCACCACGCUGGUGGUGGUGUUUGCCGCCUGCUGGAUGCCGUUCCACAUUGUGAAGACCGCCGACGCCCUCUCCUACCUCGAGUUGUUUCCCGCCACCUGCAGUUUCCUGCGUUUCCUGCUGGUGGCUCAUCCUUACGCCACCUGCCUGGCCUACGUCAACAGCUGCCUCAACCCCUUUCUAUACGCCUUCUUCGACCUGCGCUUCAGAUCCCAGUGCCUGUGCCUGCUCAACCUGAAGAAGUCCCUGCACGCCAGUCCCGCCAGCUCCCUGUCCUCUCAGAAGACAGAGGCUCAAUCGCUGGCCACCAAGGUGUGAUGACGGCUGAGGGCCCAGAUGCAUGCUGGGGACGAGGUGAACAAUGCAGAAUAAAGCGGGUGAAUCGAAACUGUACAGCGCUGGGACCCUGCUCUCGGGUCAGAACCUGCGUCAGAGUGUCACCUUCGCUACUCUCUGAACCUGUGGACCACUGAAACCAAUCGCAGGAGGACGAGGGUUGUGGUUUUGGGUGUCUGGCCACGCUGAAAAGGGUGAAAAACUGAACUUUCUACUAUAAGGGGACCAAGAAUUACCCAGAGUUUUUGAAAAAGUGGAAUGUAUUUUAAAUGGAACCCACACGCUCCUGUGGGUCUCCUGUGGGUCUCCUGUGGGUCUCCUGUGGACUUUUUAUGCAAAACGCCGAGCUUCUGACCACCGCAACCCUGUCGUCAAGGCACCCAUUGACCCCUACUGUUCUUGUUUUUAUUUGUAAGCACUUGAAGUGUGAUAUCAACCAGACGACCCCCCCCCUCCCUCCCUCCCUCCGGCUGUAGUAUCUGCAUUACUGCCAGCAGUGUUACGUUUGUGUGUGUUUGUGUGUGAGGUGUUGGAGUCUGAUAGGAGUGUUGUAAGGAGAGGGGGUUAGCAGGGAGGGGGGGGGGGGUAUCCCAGACAGACAGACAGAUGGCAGCUGACAAAUGUUUUCAGGCUGGUGUAGAGCCCAAUUAAAGGUGGCUCCCCUGACAGUCUGCGGUUGUGUGAUAUGUGCAUAUGAAGGAAUGAGUUUGUUUAUUGAGCGUCGGAUCGGCAGUGAAUUUGUUCUCUGCACAAAUAAGCAUUUGUGAAUACGCAUCAUUUUGAAUUGUUUGUCUACGAUUUGUAAUUAAAAAAAAGUGCUUUUGAC